GCGAAUGGAUAUUUUGAAUGCUGGUCUUGGUUAGUCUUCAAAAUGCCGCAACCUAGCUUUGAAGUUUAAAUAUUGGGAUUUAAAAAAAUGUAUAGAUUAAAUAAACAAAAGAUAUAUAAUUAUGUUCCAUCUACCUUUACGUGGCGACAACCAUAAAUUUGUUACUAUAGCAACUCAGUAAACAGUGUCGAAUUGUGUUAGUUGGAUAUAUUUUUAAUACAGACCUCAAAACCUAAGGAAUAAAUAAUUCCUCAUAUCUCAGUAAUUCUGACAUAGUAUCAAAACAAUGGAUGACAUUGAGUUGUUUGGUGAAAGUAUAAUUAAUGUUGUAGAGGAGGAGCUUGUACCUGAAGCCACUUUGUUUCUUGAGGUGAAGGAGGAUUCUGAUGACAAUGAGCAGGAAGAACUGGACCCUUCAGCUACUUUGUUUCUUCAGGUGAAAGAUGAACCAUUGGAGAUACAAAUAGAGGAGAUCACAGAGAAGUAUCCCUGUGAUUUAGUGUUACUGAGUGCAUACCUCCUUAUUUUACAGGAUCCUCUUGCCCAAGGUGAAGAGAAUUUGCCACAUUCAUCAAUGCAGGAAGGAGAUGAGUAUAUCACAGAACUUAUUGACAAUUCUAGUCUUAUGAUGACUAUUUUCUGUGAUUCUCGGAAAAUGACCAAUGUCAAAAUGACCCCUGUUGCCAACAAUAUAAAGAGCUACACGCUUAAUGUUUAG